GAGCUGGACAAGAUGUUGGUCGGAGUUGCAUUCUUGUUACCAUCGGUGGGAAGAACGUGAUGCUGGACUGUGGGAUGCACAUGGGCUAUAAUGACGAGGUAAGGGCUGGAUUUUCCCAGACUUUUUCUACCAUCCAGCGACGUUUUCCGGACUUUUCCUACAUAACUGAGAACCACAGUCUGACUGAUUACUUGGAUUGCGUAAUAAUCAGUCAUUUUCAUUUAGACCACUGUGGUGCGUUACCUUACAUGACCGAGAUCGUCGGUUACGACGGCCCAAUCUACAUGACACAUCCAACAAAGGCAAUAUGUCCCAUCCUCUUGCAGUCUCGAGCUUGCUCUCCUUACUAUAGACCCUUACAGGAUGACUAUCGCAAAAUCACAGUAGAACGGCGUGGAGAGCAAAAUUUCUUCACUUCAGAAAUGAUAUACCGUUGUAUGGGCAAAGUAAAGUGUGUCUAUGUCCACCAAACCGUCAAGGUGGACGACGAGUUGGAGCUGCAGGCAUUCUAUGCAGGUCAUGUACUCGGUGCUGCAAUGUUUCUCAUUCGUGUUGGGUCCCAGUCAGUCUUGUACACGGGUGACUAUAAUAUGACACCUGAUCGGCACUUAGGGGCGGCAUGGGUUUCUAGAUGUUGUCCUGAUAUACUGAUCACAGAGAGUACCUAUGCCACUACAAUACGCGAUUCGAAACGAGCUAGGGAGCGCGAGUUUCUGGAAAAGAUCCACGCACGUGUUGAAGCUGGUGGAAAAGUGUGUUGCUUUCGUUGCAAUUCACAUGUUCUUCAGGUCUUGAUUCCAGUUUUUGCUCUUGGUCGGGCACAAGAAUUGUGUAUUCUGUUGGAGACCUACUGGGAGCGGAUGAAUAUAUCUGUACCCAUCUACUUCUCAAUGGGAAUGGCUGAAAAGGCCAACGAAUACUACAAAUUGUUCAUUUCGUGGACCAAUCAGAAAAUCAAAGAAACAUUCGUUAAAAGGAACAUGUUUGAGUUUAAACACAUAAAGCCUCUUGGUCAGGGAAUAGUGGACAACCCUGGCCCAAUGGUGGUGUUUGCCACGCCUGGAAUGCUACAUGCUGGACAGUCACUUCACAUCUUCCGAAAAUGGGCCCCAGAUGAGCGGAAUAUGGUCGUUAUUCCAGGUUACUGUGUCGCAGGAACUGUUGGGUACAAGAUUUUGAAUGGAGUCAAGCGUCUCGAAUUUGACCGACAAGCUUUGGAUGUAAACAUGCGCGUAGAAUAUUUGUCUUUCUCAGCACAUGCAGAUGCUCGAGGCAUAAUGCAGUUGAUUUCGCAUUGCCAACCUCGAAAUGUAUUACUUGUGCAUGGAGAAGCGAGCAAGAUGGAUUUUCUCAAGGCUAAAAUCGAGCAGGAAUUUGGUCUUCCGUGCCUGAAACCAGCAAACGGGGAGAUCGUCCACGUGAAAACAGAACCGCAGUUUGUGGCCAAUGCACCUACAGAACUCUUAUGCACAACAGACGAACAACCAUUUUGCAAGCGUUCAAAGGUAUUGAAAGCCGGGAUCAUCAUGGAGCCGGGAACAUUUCCCACUCUCCUGGAUCGAUCGUCUGUUCUAGCGGCAUUCGGCGUGACGGAACAUACUAUGCGUUUCACUUCUACCUACAAUUUCAGUUCCUGUCGCACAGUCCCCUCUCUACUCGAUGAAUUUUUAUCCGUCUGUUCUCGCAAUUUCCCAUCACCCCGAAUAGACCAGAAUCGAGUAAUUUUCAACGAUUCUGUUUGGCUUACUUUAGAGGAUCCACUGGUCAGUGAGCACCAGCGCGUUUCCCGAGGCGAUGGUGACCACGCACACACAAAAACCGCGCGUCCGAAACCAAAAGAUUUAUAUCUUACUGUCACCUAUACAUUGGAGAAUGAAAGCAUGGGAAAGAAGAUUAUCCAGCUGUUCAAAGACCAGAUUGAUGUUGGUUGAUUUUCUAUGACGCAUUCUUGUACACAUUUUCUAUCUUCCGAAGAAAUGUAUAUAUUUGCUGAACCUGUGGG